AUGGCACCAAAGAAGGCUAAGAAGAGCGCCGAGAACAUCAACUCGCGCCUUGCGCUUGUGAUGAAGUCUGGCAAGGUCACACUUGGCUACAAGUCUACCCUCAAGGCCCUCCGCUCCGGCAAAGCCAAGCUCGUCAUUAUUGCCGGCAACACUCCUCCCCUCCGCAAGAGUGAACUUGAAUACUACUCCAUGCUUUCCAAGACCAGCGUCCACCACUUCUCCGGAAACAACAUUGAGCUUGGAACCGCCUGCGGAAAGCUCUUCAGAUGCUCCACCAUGGCCAUCUUGGAUGCCGGUGACUCCGAUAUCCUCUCUGGCACUGCUGCUUGA